AUGGCUUUUCUUGUUGAACUCUGGGAAUCGAUUUUCACUCCGGGCACCACGCCUGCACUUUUGAAGGCCACCCAUGUUUCCUUUGUGCUUCUCCAUUUGUCACUCAUUUCCUUGAUCUACCUCACUCGCUCGAUUCACUUUAUCAAUCUUCUUGUCAUCGCCUUAUUGUUACAUGGAGCUGUCAUCUGGUUUGUCAAUGAGUUAAAGCAGGCUAAGCUCAAGGACAAUACUGAGUUGGCAGCUGAAACAGAAAAGGUUGCCGACGGCGAAAAGACGGAAAGUGGUGAAAAAGACAACAAAGUUGCGUCCACGUCGGCAACACAGAAAUCUACUCAAGCCAAGAAGAGGAAAGUAUAG